AAGCUUAUCUCUCCACAGCUUACUACCGAACAACAGAUUGCAGGAGCUCAGUUAGCCACCAGACACCAGUGUACACAGACUGGCUGCACAUCAUCGCACGCUGCUGAUCAAACAAACACAGUGACGGAUAUGAGUCGAAAGGGAUUGUUGGAACGUCUCCAGGAUGGACUGGUGGUGGGUGACGGGGGAUUGAUAUUUGCCAUGGAGAGACGGGGAUACAUGAACGCAGGCGUGUGGACACCCGAGGUGGUGGUGGAGCAUCCCGAGGCUGUAAAACAGUUGCAUCGAGAGUUUUUGAGAGCAGGCAGCGAUGUGGUGCAAACACUCACAUUCAACGGCAGCCAAGACAAACUAAACAAGAUUUUUGGGAACAAUGUUCAUUCGUGUCAACAGUUAAGCGAUGCAGGCUACAAUAUAGCCCGGGAAGUGGCCAAGGAGGGAAACGCUCUAGUAGCAGGAAGCAUUAGCCAGUGUCCAUCCUAUAUUGAAGGCAAAGGCAAGGCCGCAGUUCAAGCUCAAACAAGGGAACAGCUCAAACCAUUUAUGAAGAAUAAAGUUGACUUCCUCAUCGCUGAGUUCUUUUUCCACGUGGAGGAGAUAGAAUGGGCAAUCGAAGAGGCCUUGAAGACGGGGAUAGUGGUGGCUGCCACUCUGGCAAUUGGUGUGAAAGGUGACAUGAAUAAUGUUCCUGCAGGAGAGUGUGCCGUGCGGAUGGCCAAGGCUGGAGCUCAUGUAGUGGGUGUGAACUGCAUGUUCGACCCUGAUGAGACAGUGAAGACCAUCAAAGAAAUGAAGACUGCACUGGACGACGCUGGCCUCUCUCCUUUCCUUAUGACUCAGCCUAAUGGUUUCUUUUGCCCGGGGGCCGGCAAGUAUGGUUAUCUCUCCUGCCCGGAGUUCCCGUUCGCCAUGGAGCCUCGAGUGGUGACCAGAUUUGACGUCCACCGCUACGCUCGCGCCGUCUACAACCUUGGGGUUCGCUAUAUCGGGGGCUGCUGUGGCUUUGAGCCUUACCACAUCCGCGCCAUCGCAGAGGAAUUGGCUGAGGAGCGAGGCAAGAUGCCGCCAGCCAGUGACAAGCACAAGCCUUGGGGGAAAUGUCUCGAGCUAAGUUACUUAGACUUCGUAAGAGAAAGAGCUGGUCGAAAUUACUGGGAGAACCUAGUACCAAGCUCCGGCCGGUUCCAGCCUCCUUCACACGGGUUCAACCCCAGCACAUAGAAGGUUAUUUCCUUGGUACAGCGACCCGUGAUAAGGGACAUCUGUGGCAACAUAUCUAGUGCUAUUGGUUCUUAUUAUUGUGAAUAGAAAAUAAAGAAGAUUACGCAACGGAA